AUGAGCCGUCAGGGGCUGCGAGCCCCGAUAGGCUCCGAGAUUGGGAAGCGAGCCUCGUCGUACCCUCAGUUCCGCUGCGGAGUCGAAAUGCUGGAAGCACUCAAGGCUCUCUCGACCUUUUUUGUCGAAAACAGUUUGCGCACCCGAAGAAACUUGCGCGGAGACAUUGAACGGCGAAGCUUAGCCAUAAAUGAAGAAUUUGUCCACAUAUUCAAGCAAGUUAAAGAGGAGCUUGAGAGUAUAAACGAAGAUGUGCAAGCCAUGAGCAGCUGCUGUGAAGAUAUGUCCAGUCGUCUGAAGGCAGCAAAGGAACAAACCCAGGACUUGAUAGUAAAAACCACAAAACUGCAGGCAGAAAAAAAAUUGGUGACAGGCAGAAGUAGUUUUCUGGAAGUAAAGACUGCUGUAAAAAUGAAUGGGAAUGGAAAUGGCUUGCAGAGAUUUUUGAGUCAGAUUAAAGAUCCAGAGCUUUCACGGAGAUUAUGCACUUGA